AUGCGACGGCUGCAACGGCUUUGUGUCCAACUGGAGAUGGAGCUGCUGGAGCUGGAGAUCGGGGGGUCGCGAUGUGGACGAUCUCAUCAUGGACUCAAGGAAUUGAUUACGAGAAAGAGAACAUUUGGGGAAUAUUCCUUUCAACUGUCCUGGAGCAUGGACAGUGAGACCACGUCCACUUUGCUGCCAGCUUUGGGGCCGGCCCGCCACGGUGUAACGAUGGAGCAGAAAACCACCUUCGCUUUCGUUAUUUUCCUUUUCAUCGUCUUGGGAAUCCUCGUCAUAAGGUGCUUCAGGAUCCUCCUGGAUCCGUACAGGAGCAUGCCCACGUCUACUUGGGCGGACGGGCUGGACGGAUUGGAGAAAGGACAGUUCGACUAUGCAUUGGCCUGA